AUGUCGAUGAAGAUCCGGCGGAAUGGCGUACAUAGCGUGUUGAAAAAUGUCAAGUGCAUAUACGAGAAUAAGCGAGAAAUUAGCACGAGCAGGAUUUACAGAGACAGAAAAGAAAAGAUAGUGAUCCUAGGCUCAGGGUGGGGAGGUAUUAACUUUUUUAUAAACAUUGAUUUUAAAAAAUACGAUGUGACGUUAAUCUCCCCGAGGAGUUACUUUACCUUCACCCCUUUACUGCCCUGUAUGUGUAGUGGAACCCUCAGUGCCAAAGUGUGCACAGAAAAUGUGUCCACGUUUUUAAGAAAAAAGGGAUCCUCAGGUAAAUACCUGCAGCUAGAAUGCACCGACAUAGUCCCAGAAGAAAAGCAAGUGAUCUGUAAAGACAAUAAAAACAAUCAAGUAAAAAUUUCAUACGACUACCUAGUCAUAUCGGUAGGAGCUAAGACGAACUCUUUUAAUAUUAAAGGGGUUGACAAGCAUGCCUUUUUUGUGAAGGAUGUUGAAGGGGUAAUAAAUAUUCGUAGGAAGUUCUUAGACGUACUACACAUAUGCUCCACGGAGAGAAUCUCGGAUGAAGAAAAAAAAAAAUUGUUACACGUUGUAGUGGUUGGAGGUGGACCCACAGGGGUAGAAGUCGCAGGAGAAUUUGCUGACUUCAUUAAUAAAGAUGUCAAAAGGAAAUAUAAAAAUAUUUUCCCAUUCAUAUCUGUUAGCAUUAUCGAAGGAGGGAAAAAUUUACUGCCCACAUUUACACAAAACAUUUCGGACUUCACCAAAAAAACAUUCCACUCUUCAAAUAUAAAUGUACUCACAAAUUAUUAUGUGAAAGAAGUGGACGAACAUAAUAUUUGUAUACAGUCAAGUCUAGAUCAGAAUGAAAAAAGGAAACAAAUUCCAUAUGGUAUUCUUAUUUGGGCCAGUGGUUUAGCACAAACUCCUCUCAUUACUAAUUUUUUGAAAAAAAUACCUGAACAAGUUAAUAAUAAUAUUUUAAAUGUAAAUGGACAUCUCGCCGUUAUUGGAAUUAGGGAUCAAAACAUUUAUGCUAUUGGAGAUUGUAAAAAGAUACAACCUCUUCAAUUACAUGAACAUUUGAAUGAGGUGCUGCAUCAUUUUUCUUCCUCCUCCUCCACGACCUUCUCCUCCGAUUUGCUUAAAUCCAAGGCAAAUGAAUUGUGCAGGAAGUUUCCACAAGUUAGCCAAUCCAAGUGGGAUUACCAAAAAAAUAAAAGAGCACAAAUGGACAAGCAACAGUUUUGUGAGUACCUAAAAGAGAUAGACCAAAAUUAUAAGUCACCUACUCCUACUGCUCAAAAUGCUAAGCAGGAGGCCUAUUUUUUGUCUAACCUUUUUAACACUCUGAUGGAGAACAAGACGCAAGGGAAUAAUCAUUUCCCUUCUUUUGUGGAGAAGUGGAAGGGGUCCAUCGCCUACAUAGGCAACCACCAGGUGGUGGCUCAUCUCCCUUUUCUAGAAAUUACCGGAGGUCUUUUUUCCUUCACAUUUUGGAAAAUGGUCUACAUACAAUUGCUCCUCACGUGGAGAUCUAGGUUUGCUUUUAUUUUGGACUUUUUGCGCACCAAGUUUUUUGGCAGGCCCUUUUCCAAAUGA